AUGAAGCGCGAAAUAGGCAGACUAGUCACCAAUGGGUUAUACACAGAAGCCUUAUGCUUCUACACUCAACGCCACUCCGCUUCUCUCCCCCCUCGCAAAUUCACAUUCCCUCCUCUUCUCAAAGCCUGCGCCAAGCUCCGAUCACCCACUCAGACCCAAAUGGUCCACACCCAUCUCCUCAAAACCGGGUUCUUCGCCGACGUCUACUCUGCCACUGCUCUCAUUGACUCCUACAUGAAGCUCAACCUCAUCGACCAUGCACUCCAGGUGUUCGACGAAAUGCCCCACCCAAACUUGGCUUCCGUUAACGCAUUGAUUUCCGGGUUUCUACGUAACGGACGCUGCAAUGAAGCCUUGGGGGUGUUUAGGAGGGUUGGGGUCGGAGGGCUGGGGCUGAAUUCGGUUAGUAUAGCUAGUGUGUUUUCGGCGUGUGAGAAUGUGAUGCAGGGGAUGGGAAUGCAUUGCGUGGCAGUGAAGAUUGGAGUUGAGAGUGAUGUUUAUGUGUCGACAUCCGCGGUGAGUAUGUAUUCGAGGUGUGGGGAGGUUGUUUAUGCAGCAAAGGUGUUUGAGGAUAUGCCUGUCAAGAAUUCGGUGAGCUAUAAUGCUUUUGUCACAGGGCUGCUGCGCAAUGGGGUUCCGCGGCUGGUUUUGGAUGUGUUUAAGAGAAUGAGAGCGUGUCGAGGUGAAAAUCCGAAUGCAGUGACAUUUUCUUCAGCUCUUGCAGCAUGUGCUAGUGUUCUGUAUCUCCGAUUUGGCAGGCAGGUUCAUGGUUUGAUUGUGAAACUUGAAAAGGGGGUUGAUGUUAUGACCGGAACAGCGCUUCUUGACAUGUAUUCGAAAUGUGGGUGUUGGCAGCUGGCUUACCGAGUUUUUGAGGAACUGAAUGGAACCAGGAGCUUGUUUACAUGGAAUGCCAUGAUUGCAGGCAUGAUGACGAAUGCGCAGUGGGGGUUUGCUCUAGAGCUUUUCGAGAAGGUAGAAUCCGAAGGGUUCAAGCCAGAUUCAGUGACUUGGAAUUCAAUGAUCAGCGGAUUUUCGCAACUAGGGAAGGGAGAUGAAGCUUUCAACUAUUUCAAGAGAAUGCAGUCGACUGGUGUUGCUCCGUGCUUGAAAUCUGUCACGAGUGUCGUACAAGUGUGUGCAGAUUCAUCGGCUCUGCAAUGUGGACGAGAGGUGCAUGGGUAUGCAAUUAGGGCGGAUAUAAGCGGUGAUCUGUUCUUUUCGACUGCUCUCAUUGACAUGUACAUGAAAUGUGGGCAGCCUUCCUGCGCAAGGCGAAUUUUUGAUUCGUUUCAUGUGAAACCAGAUGAUCCGGCAUUUUGGAAUGCAAUGAUAUCCGGGUAUGGAAAAAAUGGAGAGAAUGAAUCUGCAUUUCUGAUCUUUGACCAGAUGCUCAACGAAGGAGUACAACCAAAUACAACUACUUUUAUUAGUCUUCUAUCUAUGUGCAGUCACAGUGGUUUAGUCGACAAGGGAUGGCAGAUUUUUAGGAUGAUGGAUAGAGAUUAUGGUAUAAAACCAGAUCCUAAACAUUAUGGCUGUAUGAUUGACCUUUUAGGUCGAUCAGGCAGGUUUGAUGAAGCCCGAGAAUUAACAGAAGAGUUAUCAGAGCCUUCUGGAUCAGUUUUUGCUUCUUUGCUAGGUGCUUGUGAGUGCCAUUUAAAUCUAGAUCUGGGGAAAGAGAUGGCUACGAAACUUUCAGAAUUAGAGCCUGAGAACCCUACACCUUUCUUGAUCCUGUCCAAGAUAUAUGCUGGGCUUGGCAGAUGGAGGGAUGCAGAGAACAUUAGGAAAAUGAUAGAUAACCAAAAGUCAAGAAAGAUCCCUGGCUUAAGUUUAUUAAGAUUGCAUGAAAAGUAG